GGAGCAGCGGCAGCGGCAGGAGGGACGCACCAGCUCGCCCUCGACUCUGCAAGGCGAACGAGAGGAGCGUCCAGCCGCAGAGCAGCAGCAGCAGCGCAGCCCUCGCCCGGCUCCCAUUCAAAAGUGGACGGCCGUGGCUCUGGACCAGGGGCCGCUGCUGGGCCAGGGCAGGAAGGCUGCGCGGUGGGCUGGGCAGGGCUGGGCUCCCCCACCCGGGGGAGGACUCCCUAGGAGCCGGCGGGUCUGCACCUCGGAGCAGAGAUUCGCAGAGGGGGAAAUCCGCGGCGGCGGCGGCAGCGCCUGUCCCGUUAGGAAGCAGCGGAUCCUCUCCGUUCUCCAGGCAGCCAGUUAACUAGAUGCAACAUGACUUUUACAAAAUGCUUUCCUGAGAUGCAGAGGAAGUGAUACGGCAAGAUAUAAACUGUGAUUCAAGUGUUUACCUAUGGGAAAAAUACCUUCUGGAUGAUGUACUGUUCUCAGUAAAUGCUGUACAGAGAAAGUGUUGGAGACUAUCAACAACAGCUGUGUAUCUACACUGAUAAUAUAGUUGCGUAUUUCCCCCCACGAAUGCCUGAAGAAAAAAAGGUCAAUAUCUGAAUCCUGUGUGUCAAGAUGUUUUCUGAAGAAGCAUCAUUAUCAGCAGUUGGUCUCUGGCAUGGGUGCCUGUCGCCUGGAAAUGACAGAGCAGUAAAGCACCCUAGGUGCCCAUUAUGAAAAGACAAAGAAACCAGACUGUGCACAACUCUCUUGCAAAAGCUGAAGAAAACAUCUCCAGGGAAUAGUGUUCAGAAUUUCAUUUUGACACACGAAGAAGAAAUGACUGAUAGCAAAAAUCCCUGGAAUAGAGGUACAUGUAUCCCUGCUUCUGUGGAGCUUCUAAGCAUAAAUUAUGAUAUUAUACAGAAACACUACAAGAGCAGUGCUAUGCACAACCACUUAUAUAAAUCAUGUAAUUCUUUAGCAAAGAAAGGCAAAUGUUUAGAAACUGGAAUUUCUUCCCUGGAAAGAGCCAUGUAUGCUGAAAUUCAGUUAAAAAUGGAUGGAUCUCAAGUGGAACCUAAUUCACUAAGUAGCCAGUCAUCAGUAGAGGAAAGUGAACCUGAACAUACUGGUUUAAAUUAUGUUAAAGACAAAGACAAUAUUUCAAAAACGUUCUGUGCUUUGCAUAACCCCUUCAUUUGGGAUGGCUGCUUACAGUCGGUAAAGGUUUGUAAUGAUUUCAGCAAUGACUCUACAGCCUGCACUUGUACAUUAAUGGAAUUACCAACUACCUGUGGGAAUAAAACUGGACAACAGUUGUGCGAUACCUGUGUCACUUCAAGGGAUAACUAUUUGUGUUUGGAAAGAACAACCGUGGCAUGCUCAAGUCGUACUUUCUCGAGUUCUAAUAUUACUGGAAGAACGCCUUCAAAGCCCUUUCUGAGCCAUUGUGAAAACUUCAAUGAAAGCUAUGAAGAGGAGAUAGAGGAGGAUUUUUAUCCAAGUAAGAAGGAGCGCUCCACCUUAUUAGUCAGAAGAUUUUGCAAAAAUGAUAAGGAGGUUAAGAAAUCCGUCUAUACUGGAACAAGAGCAAUUGUUAGAACCUUACCAUCAGGGCACAUAGGAGCUAGUGCUUGGAAUUAUGUUGACCAGAGGAGAGCUAACAGUGAUUUAAGGCGCUGCAGGAUUUCAGCAGAACAUCUAACAAGAUUUCAAGUUUUGAUAAGCCAACGGUUAAGCUGCUGCCUUCUACAGUCAAUGAGGCAUGGGAGCUUCAAGUUAGCAAAAGGAGCAGAAGAUACUUUGGAAUAUUUUUCCCACUGUGUGAGGGAACCACUAGCACACCAUGCAAACUGCUGUUGCAAAGGCAAUGGCUCUUGCAUAAAACCACGUAUUCAAAGCCCUGCUGAGUAUCGUGCUACCUUAUGCAGGACUUCACUUUCAGAUUUUAUCAGUGGUGCUCUACUAGAAGCAACUACAUCAUUGGGAGCAAGAAGUGGUACACUAAAUAUCGUAGGAGGAUCAACUGGGAGGACCAUGCUAAAAGAACGACACUUGAGUUCUUCUAUGGCUGGAUCAAAUACCCUUCCUUCCACUGUGGCUGGUAUUAGUAAAGAACUUGUAGAACUUCAGCAUCUCAUUCAGUUUCCAGAGGAGGUUGCUAGUAUUCUGACUGAGCAAGAGCAGGAUCUCUACAGAAAAGUAUUGCCCAUUGAUUACUUAUGCUUCUUAACCAGAGAUUUGGGCAAUGCCGAAUGCCAGAACAACCUUUCAGCUAUUAAAGCUUCUGUUUCUGCUUCUCUUCUUUCUGCUCCAAAUGGGGAGCACAAUGCAAUUGAAGAUCUGGUGACAAGAUUCAAUGAGGUGAGCUCUUGGGUGACGUGGCUGAUUCUGACUGCAGGUUCUAUGGAAGAAAAACGAGAAGUCUUCUCAUAUGUGGUACAUGUGGCAAAAUGCUGCUGGAAUAUGGGCAACUACAAUGCUGUCAUGGAGUUCUUGGCAGGGCUCAGAUCAAGAAAAGUUUUAAAAAUGUGGCAAUUUAUGGACCAGUCUGAUAUUGAAACAAUGCGAAGCUUGAAAGAUGCUAUGGCACAGCAUGAAUCAUCAUCGGAAUAUAGAAAAGUCAUCAACAGGGCUCUGAAUAUCCCAGGCUGUAAAGUUGUUCCUUUCUGUGGUGUAUUUUUAAAAGAACUCUGUGAAAUUUUGGAUGGUGCUGCAAGCCUCAUCAGGCUCUGUCCUCAGUACAACUCUCAGGAUGAAACACUGGAGUUUGUAGCAGAAUACAGCGGCCAAGAUAACUAUUUACAACGGGUAGGUCAAGAUGGCUUACAUUCUGCAGAAAAAGAGUCAACAGCUAACUACAUCUUCCAAACCAUUCGGAGUUGUAACCGCAGCUUGGAAUCUGAAGAUGGAGAAGACAGCUUUAUUGAAUAUGAUGAUGGAAAUUUUAGGAGAAAUUCCUUGAAGGACAGAAACCGCUAUCAGUUUAUCAUUGCAGACCUGUCAGACUCUGAAAGUGACAUAUUUGAACAAUCCAAGGAGUGGACCACACAGGCUGCUGAAGAGCAGCAACAAGCGUUCAGUCAUGGAAUAGAGCUUAUUCCCUGGUACGUGCUGUCAAUCAGAGCUGAUGUCCACCAGUUCAUGCUACAAGGGGCAACAGUGAUACAUUAUGACCAGGAGACGCAUUUUUCAGCACGCUGCUUUCUUCAGCUCCAGCCUGACAACAGUACAUUAACGUGGAUGAAAUCCAACGCUGCUUGUUCUGCAAAUUCUAAAGUGAAACCAAACAUGCUUGGUAGCACUUCUGAACUUGGUAAAUUUCAAUUUCUUGGCAAUACUGGAUUAAACGGACUGGUGGAAGGCUGCUUAGACCUCUUUUCGGCAAAAGCUGUGUAUAUGGGCCACUCUGGCAUUGAUAUACAUGCUAUUUGCAUCCAAAAUAAACUGUGCAAUAUGUCCCUUGAAGAGAACGGUGUAACACUCUUAUAUGGGCUUCAAACUACUGAAAAUAAGUUGUUACACUUUGUGGCUCCAAAAUAUACUGCCAGAAUGCUUUUUGAGGGAUUGCUGGAACUAAUGAAAGCUAUAAGAAAAAUGAAGAAAUUCCCUGACCAGAGAAUGCAGUGGCUGCGUAAACAGUAUGUCAGCCUCUACCAGGAGGAUGGCAGAUAUGAAGGCCCAACUUUGGCUCAAGCUGUUGAGUUGUUCGGAGGGAGACGCUGGAGCUCAAGAAACACAAAUUCAGGAAACCUGACCAAAGGCAUAGAGAAAGCAAGUGUGCAAAGAAACAAUACUCUGGGGAUAAGCACAGCCAAGAAAAAGAAGAAAGUGCUCAUGAGGGGUGAAAGUGGAGAUGCCACGGAUGAUGAGAUGGCAAUUCGAAAAGCCAGACCACACAAAGAAAAUCGGAGCAGAAGUGGCUCAGACCCUCAGGAUAUUGAUGAACAAGAAGAAACAGAAACAAAUCUUACUGGUACCAACAUUCUGUCUUCCAAAAGAACACAAUCUUUGUCUACCUCAUUCUCAUCUAAUGUAGCAUCUGGGUUAUCUUCACCUGUCAGGCCAGUAUCUUCUCCUGUGAUGACACCUUCCACAAAAAGCCAGUCUAGUGCAUGGAGCAGCAGCAGUUGGCAUGGAAGGGUUAAAGGAGGAUUGAAAGGCUUCCAAAACUUUAUGGUUUCUGACAGCAGCAUGACUUUUGUUGAAUUUGUAGAGCUUUUCAAGUCUUUCAGUGUCCGAAGUCGCAAGGAUCUGAAAGAUCUUUUUGAUAUGUAUGCUGUACCCUGCAGUCGACUGGGUUCUGAUUCUGCUCCAGUAUAUACCUCCCUAAAGAUUGAUGAGUACUCUAAUGGCCUCCAGCCUGAUUUAGAUUUACUGACAAGGAACAUAUCAGAUUUGGGAUUGUUCAUUAAGAGUAGACAGCAGCUGUCAGACAACCAGCGGCAAAUAUCCGAUGCUGUUGCUGCAGCAAGCAUUGUUACUAAUGGCACCGGAGUAGAGAGCACCUCUCUAGGAAUAUUUGGAAUGGGCAUCCAGCAACUCAAUGACUUCCUAGUAAAUUGCCAAGGAGAACACUACACAUACGAUGAAAUCCUCAGUAUUAUCCAGAAGUUUGAACCGAGUAUCAAUAUGUACCAGCAAGGAUUAAUGUCGUUUGAAGGAUUUGCACGAUUUUUGAUGGAUAAAGAUAACUUUGCAUCUCUGAACAAUGAGUCUCAAGAAAAUUUAGAAGACAUGGUAUAUCCCCUAUCGUAUUAUUUCAUUGAGUCUUCACAUAAUACUUACCUCACAGGACAUCAGCUUAAAGGAGAAUCCUCAGUAGAGCUUUACAGCCAGGUUCUCUUACAAGGGUGUCGGAGUGUGGAACUAGACUGCUGGGAUGGUGAUGAUGGAAUGCCUGUAAUUUACCACGGUCAUACACUGACCAGUAAGAUUCCUUUUAAGGAAGUAGUUGAAGCUAUUGAUCGUAAUGCCUUUAUUACCUCUGACAUGCCAAUCAUCAUAUCUAUCGAGAACCACUGUUCCUUGCCCCAGCAACGAAAAAUGGCUGACAUUUUCAAGAAUACAUUUGGAGAUAAGCUGGUAACUCGAUUUUUAUUUGAGAGUGACUUUUCUGAUGAUCCAAUGUUACCAUCUCCCCUUCAACUGAAAAGAAAGAUCCUGCUUAAAAACAAAAAGCUCAAAGCACAUCAAACACCAGUGGAUAUACUUAAACAAAAGGCUCACCAACUGGCAUACAUGCAAGCUCUGGCAAGCAAUGGUGGGAAUGCAGGAAAUCUGUCCACAACCAAUGAAGAGGAGGAGGAUGAAGAAGAUGAAUAUGACUAUGACUAUGAGUCUCUGUCUGAUGCUGAUGUCCUUAAUGCUUCUCCUGCUCCUAACAGCCUGGAAGAUAACAUUCUGGAAGACCGACCUGAGAACAAAUUAGCCAUCGAUAAGCUUCAGUUUGAAUACAGUGAAGAAACUGCCAAGAGAAUAAAGAAGACGGACAGUAAUACGCUGAGCAAUAAAGGAAAGGUUUACGACAUGGAAUUAGGUGAAGAAUUUUAUCUUUCUCAAGAUAAGAAAGAAAGUAGACAAAUCGCACCAGAACUGUCAGAUCUUGUCAUUUAUUGUCAAGCUGUGAAAUUUCCUGGCUUGUCAACUCUGAAUCCAUCUGGCUCUAGCAGAGGGAAGGAACGAAAGAGCAGGAAGUCCAUUUUUGGCAACAAUCCUGGGAGACUGAGCCCAGGGGAGCCGGCGAUGCUUGCCAAAGCAUCUGGAAAAGGUCCCUUUGAUAGCAUACGGCAGACCUGGGAAGAGCCUUGUGCACCUGCUUUCAGCCCCACGACUUCCCUCAGCUCUAUCAUAAGGACACCUAAAUGUUACCAUAUCUCCUCUCUAAAUGAAAAUGCUGCCAAGCGCCUGUGCAGGCGAUACUCUCAGAAACUGAUCCAGCAUACCACCUGCCAACUCCUGAGAACAUAUCCUGCAGCAACACGCAUUGACUCCUCCAACCCUCACCCCCUUCUGUUCUGGCUGCAUGGGAUACAGUUAGUAGCACUGAACUACCAAACUGAUGAUCUUUCUCUGCACCUGAAUGCGGCUAUGUUUGAAGCAAAUGGUGGCUGUGGGUAUGUUCUGAAACCACCUGUUUUAUGGGAUAAGAACUGCCCAAUGUAUCAGUACUUUUGUCCCUUAGAACGAGAUCUGGACAAUAUGGAACCAGCUAUUUACUCACUGACAAUUGUGUCUGGACAGAAUGUUUGUCCUGGUAACAGCACAGGAAGCCCGUGUAUUGAAGUGGAUGUGCUUGGAAUGCCUCUGGAUAGCUGCCAUUUCCGUACGAAGCCCAUUCAUCGCAAUACUCUGAACCCCAUGUGGAGUGAACAGUUUCUUUUCAGGAUUCAUUUUGAGGAUCUAGUCUUCCUUCGUUUUGCAGUUGUUGAAAACAGUAGCUCAGCUGUGAUGGCGCAAAGAAUCAUUCCACUGAAGGCGCUAAAAAGAGGGUGCAGGCAUCUUCAGCUGCGAAGCCUGCAUAAUGAAGUAUUAGAAAUCUCAAGUUUGUUUAUUAACAGUCGGAGAAUGGAAGAAAAUUCCACUGGAAAUGUUCUACCUGCUUCUUUGCGGUUCGGCACAGCCGAGAAGAGAGCAUCUGUGGUAUCGAAAGCCACGAUACAUGGAGUUCCAGGCCCAGAACCUUUCACGGUUUUUACUGUAAGGGAAGGGAUGUCAGCAGCACGGCUUCUGCAUCAAAUUUUGGCUACCACGAAGGGUAUUGGAAACUAUCCCACAGACUAUUUUUUGAUGGAGGAGAAAUGCUUCAUAUCUAAAGAAAGAAAUGAGUACAGGAAGCCACCAUUCCAGAGAGUUCUCAGUCCGGAGGAGGACCUCAUCCAGCUCUUGAACAGCUGGUUUCCAGAGGAAGGCUAUGUCGGAAGAAUUAUCUUUAAAACUCGUGAGGAAAGCUUGAAUAGGAGAAAUCUCUUUCAGGAGGAGAAAGACGAAGCGAUCACUAGCUCUGAGGAUGACAGCUUCUUUGUCCAAGUUCACGACGUUUCCCCCGAACAGCCUCGGACAGUCAUAAAAGCUCCUCGAUUCAGCACAGCCCAGGAUGUCAUCCAGCAGACCUUAUGUAAAGCCAAAUACUCCUACAGCAUUCUGAACAACCCCAACCCCAGUGACUAUGUGCUCUUGGAGGAAGUGACAAAAGAGUCCGCCAAUAAGAAGACAUCGACCCCCAAAACUGCUCAGAGGAUUCUCUCCGACCAGGAGUGUGUGUUUCAGGCUCAAAGAAAGUGGAAAGGAGCUGGGAAAUUUAUCCUUAAACUUAAAGAACAGGUAAAAACCAGUCGUGAAGAUAAAAGAAAAGGCCUCUCGUUUGCUAAUGAAUUUAAGAAACUGACCAAAUCAAAGCAGUACAGGGGCUUUAUCACCCCACCUCUGCAAACUUCUCCAGAAGGUCCCCAAGGUAAAGAUGAAAAGACGGCUUGCAGUUUGACUUUCAGUGACAUCAUGGAAUAACCCUUCAGUGUUUUGUAUUCAGAAUCUAGGGAACUGACAACUGCAGAGUCGAAGGCAAAAUGAAGCUGAGAAAAGCAACGAAUAUGACCGAUCCCAUCCCCUUCUGUUGGAGCAGUCGCUCUUAAGGAUUUGCGGACUGGAACAUGUGCCAGAAAUGCCUAAACAAAAGACACAGAUAUGUGGAGAAAAUCCCUGCUUUGGAACCGAUUGGCUCAGCAGCGGCUAGGCCUCCUCUGCAGUGUGAUCUAGAUGCUGCUCUUAGUGGGCAACAACCAGUCUGUGGAUGGUUCUGAGGCUUUCGAAGGAUGCCCUGGUGGCACACAGAGAGAAGACUCCUUCCUUCUUCACACCCAAACUAGGAGGCUGAAGCAGGCACCUUGAGCUGCCUGUCUCAAUUGAGAGUUUGCAGUGUAAGGCUACAGUGUAAGCAGAAUAAAAUAUUUUAAUUAAGCAUCUUAAGGGAAAAUGAAGGCUGAGGAUGUACGAUGGUGUGUUAUAUAAAAGUAAUGCACUAUUAAUUUUUUUUUUUAAACCCUCUGUAUACACACUUUUAGGUGAUUACAGGCAGAUUUAGGUAAAUUGUAACUCACAGAUUUCGGUACAGUAAAUAUACACAACUAUUUAUGGUUUGUCUACUUAAUGUCAAUGUACAGCCAGGAUACAUACUUUGGUAAUGAUGCUUUGUUUAGGAGCAACAUUUCUUUAACGCAGCAUAUCUUGGUUUUCCUGUUUAUUAUUUAUUUUAAAAGUCCAAGGUAUGUGCCACUGUAUAAUGUAUUUAUCAUACCUUGCUUUAUAGAACUCUACAUAGCUUUGCAGAAAAUUCUACAUGUCUCUUGGUUUAGAGGAGAAAUGCUUCAUUUAGUGAAAAGUACUUUCAGGAAAGAAAAAUCUUUUCCUCCCAAAAAAACAUUUACAAUAUUGGUCAGCAGAGAUAUUAAACCUAACCACUUCAUGUUUUACUUCUGAAUUCUUAAUAGAAAUGCCAGUGUAGUACUGAAGUUUAAAAUAUCUAUUUUCAAAUCUGUUUGGUACUUCCGUAGCUGGCAGCAUUAUUUAA